AUGGAUACUGUGCUCGAGCAGCUCGCCGGGCUCGACACCUUUUCUGCCGCCGCCUACUUCGAUAAUGACGACUUGUUCACAGAUCAGUCGCCCAGGGAUCACCUGGACGCAGACGAGUUUCUAGAGAACGACGUGGAUUUCCUGAGCAGCCAGAUGAACGAGUAUUACAAGGAGAGCAGGCUAGCGCAGGAUGUCGAGCACUGUGACUCGGGCAUCCUGUCUUUUACGUCGUCCUCAUCCCCCUUUUCCUUCGAUUGCCCCGACAGCACUUCAGAGGUGUCCCCACAGCUUAAAGGAAUCGAGGGCGCAGUAAAGAGACGCAGAAGGAUCCGUUCAGAAAUUGAAAUGCAGCACCUUCGGCAAGCUGCAAACGUCCGGGAGCGCAGACGCAUGCAGUCUAUUAACGACGCAUUUGAGGGUCUCCGGACUCACAUACCAACACUACCUUAUGAAAAACGACUUUCCAAAGUUGAUACUCUCCGACUGGCAAUCGGUUACAUCAACUUUUUAACCGAACUUGUUCAAUCCGACAUGCCUUUGAGAAACCCUAACAACGACUCUGCAAUCCAACCUAAAAAAGUCAUUAUCUGUCAUAGGGGUGCAAGAUCGCCAUCUCCAAAUGACCCAGACUACGGUUUGCCUCCUCUGGCAGGGCACUCUUUGUCGUGGACUGAUGAGAAGCAGCUUAAGGAACAAAAUAUCAUCAGGACUGCUAAAGUCUGGACUCCAGAAGAUCCCAGAAAAUCAAAUAGCAAAUGUUUUGUAAAUAACAUUGAAAAUGAACCACCUUUUGACAUUGCCUCAUAA